UAACUAAAGUUAUUGUUCAGCAAGAAAUAAAUUACAAAAAAUCCAAUCUGCAUUCCAAUCAAAAUGUUUAAUUUUUUAUUGAAAAUGAGAAAUUCACACAUUUCAAACAAACUGCCUUAUCACUUCGAAAGUCGGCAAUAAUGAGUGAUGGUCACAUUGGUCACCUAAAAUGAAGUAUCAGGUACAAAUAACACCAGUUUCUGUCAUUUCUCACCAGGUUGCGCUAGUGGAUAUCACUGAAACUGCUGGUGGUCCAUUUUACUACCACUUACUCUACAUAUACAUAGAAUAAAUAGUCACCCAAUUACUUCCGACAGUUUAGCUAGUCUUGUCUGCUAAAAAAUGCAAUAAGAUAUUUUCCGCAUCAGUAACGGGCAUACGUGUUCAAUAGCAUAUUCCGGUGAAGUCUGCUUUAACUACGUAAUAUUGAGUGGGAGACUACCCAGAAAAAUUUUGAGCACCCUAGCGAUUCAUAGAAUUGAGCCAGGAAUCCCAAAAGAAUGGUAAUUUUUGAAAAAUCCAAAUUUAAUGACUCAGCAUAGGUUUUUUGUGAAAGAAAUUUAUUUUAUUGAAGAAGUGCUGUGAGGUUGACGAUAGAUCGUAAUUUUUGCAAUUUCUCCAUCUUCAAGUGCUUGCGGUUGCGAGGUAAAAAAGUAGUCUUCAAUUUUGAAUUUAAUGGAUCAGGGAGGUUCAAAAACUCAAACUAGGGAGAAGGAGUGCCGAAGUACAGCACACAUAACUUCACCUAAAAAUGGCAAAAAACCAUGUGAGCGGCUAGGAGACUCAAAAUAUUUCUAGGUAGUCUCCCACUCUUAAAUUAAAUAAAUUUUAUUGCCAAUAGUAAUUGAAACCGAAACUAUCCGCAUUUGAAAUUUACAAAAAACGACGACAUUUUGUCAAAAUUCAAAUUCUUAUAUUUCUGUCAAACAAAAAAAAAAAAAAAAUCGCAGAGAUGUCUAGUUUGUGUUAUUCCUCAUUGUUUGAUAACCUCUAUACACAUGCAAAAUAUUUAAAAAAAGAAUCUAUUAGACAUCGUGCAAUGGUUAUUAGAUUUGACGUGGUAUAGUUCUAAUCAUUUUUUAUGCCUAAUAGAAACAAAUCUAUGUACUCUUUCGCCAUGCGGACCAAACAGCGAAUGUCAUAUAGUACCAACAGGCUUAGAAUGUUCUUGCCAGAACGACUACGUUGGUUCGCCUCCAGAGACGAUGUGCAGACCCGAGUGCAAUUCAGACUCUGAGUGCCCGCAGAACAAAGCCUGCCGAGAGUUAAAAUGCCAGGAUCUGUGUGUAGGAAAGUGCGGUAGUAAUGCACAGUGUCAAAUGAUUAAUCGCGAGCCUAUAUGCAGCUGUUUACAUGGAUUCACAGGAAAUCCUUUCACAUACUGCACAAAAGAAGAAGGUAUCUUUGGAAACGACGAUUCCAUCAAGAAGCUACUGGUUCCUGUGUUCAUAAUAAUGUUAUUGUUUUGCAUAAUAAUUGGCACUUGUUUUUUCUGCAAAUACAAGAGGGAAAUGGAAAAAAGAAAAAGAGAAAUUGCGAACAUGACACGACUGGUGAAAAAGAUCGUUGUUCAAAAACAAAUUGACACCAAUGGAGGUUUUCAGGAUAUUAUGAGCAUGCCUGUUGUUUCGAUUCAACAUUUAAUAAGUGGAAAAGAUGGACGUGGGUUGGUAUCGGAUGGUGAAUAUGAAAUGUCAUUAGACGAACGUUGGGAAUAUCCUCGAAAGAGCUUACGCAUAAUAAAACCUUUGGGGGAAGGGGAAUUUGGACAGGUUGUUCAAGCUGAAGCGAGCAAUAUUUUAGGACAAGAAAACGGAACUACAAUUGUAGCAGUAAAAAUGCUCAAAGACAAUCAUACUGACUCAGACAUGAUAGAUUUGGUAUCUGAAAUGGAAGUCCUAAAAGUUCUAGGAAACCACCCAAACAUCCUACAGCUACUUGGCUGCUGCAGCCAAGGGGGACCCCUGAUUUUAAUUACAGAGUAUGCUGAUAACGGAAACUUGAAACAUUUUCUUGAAAGACACCACCGUCAAUCUACCGACCUGGCAGAAAUUACUCUUUUGAUUUAUGCUCGUCAAAUUGCAAAUGGGAUGACUUAUCUAGCUUCUAUGAAGUGUAUUCACAGAGAUUUAGCUGCUCGAAACAUUCUUGUAACAGCGGACUACACGAUGAAAAUAGCGGAUUUUGGCCUAACUAGAAAUGUAUCAAAUUCCGAGUACUACAAGAAAACAACAGAUGGUAGACUUCCUAUAAAAUGGAUGGCACCUGAAACUUUAUUUGACAACAAAUACUCCAUAAAAUCUGAUGUGUGGUCAUAUGGUGUACUAUUAUGGGAAAUUAUGACUCAUGGUGAGAAUCCAUACCCUUCUGUUAAAACCCACCUUGGAAUGCUUCGCGUUUUGAACGAGAAUCGUCGACUGGAAAAGCCCCCAAACGCAUCUACAGAUGUGUACAAUUUAAUGUUGGAUUGUUGGAAAUAUGAACCAGGGAAACGUCCAAAUUUCUUAACCAUUGUUGAACGCAUAACAGAAUUAUUACCAAAUGUUGAGGUACAAGUAACACGUCUGGUGGUCAACGAGUCGUCCGAUGAAUCUGAUUUAAAAAGCACAACUUCUACAACAAACCCAACUGAAUUAGACAAAUUGAUUACAAACUGCUCGCAUAAAGAGAACGAGUAUCUUUCAAGUUAAACAAUAGAAUAUGAAGUCAUUGUUAGAAUAAUACCCAAGUAUGUAGAUUAAGUUUUAGGUUUUAAGAUAUAGGUAUUAAAAUUGCAGACAUUUA